GAAAGAGUCGCUCGGUAAGCCAGCCCGUGUUCUUUAUGCGCGCGCUACACGCUGGAAGGUUUUCUUUCCAAGCGUCGUCAAACUUGAACUUUUUCAGCCGCGCCGCAACUUAAGAGCAAAACAGUUUGAUGCGGAGUGUGCUCUUCCGCUGUGUCGAACGCCGAUCGAAUUGGUCCUCUUUGCACUCCACUCCACUUCAGGAAGACCACCGCAGAAUCUCUCCUCUAGUUUUGCUCAUCAAUGGAGGCGGAGUUGCCAUUAUGCGGCCUGUCGCCUUUUCCCCCGGCAGACAAAGAGAGACGCUCGGCAGUUCCCAGUCCUGUCGAUAUCUCUACACCCAACACGAAGAAGAAAAAAAAGAAGAAAGGUUUAGAAGACGACCACAGCCUUCUUCUCACUGAUGGGCAAGCUCUCACACAGAAGAAGAAAAGAGAAGAAGAAAACAAGCACAUGCAUGAAAUGAAGGAGAGAGAAGAAUCCGAUGAAAUCAACAUGACUGCUGCCGAUGGGUCCACGCGCAAACAGAAGAAGAAAAUCCGAGACGAAGAAAACCGAGUUGCUCCGGCUACGGGGCUCACCGACCAGGAGACCAAGAAAAAGAAAACGGAAGACAAAGUAGAGGAUGAUAACGGCCUUCUUCCUGCCAGUGCCCAAAAGGAGAAGAAGAAGAAGAAGAACCUGGAAGAAGCCCACAGUGCUUUUCCUGCUGACAAGAGCAGCCGGAAGAAGAGGAACAGGCAAGAGGAAAAAGACGACGUCGACGACGGCGUCUCUACUGCUGAUGAGCUCGCCUGCAAAACGAAGAAGAGCAAGAAAAUAGAAGAAGCGGAAGAUGACGACGGCGUUCUUCCUGCUGACGUGCAGAAAGAGAAGAAGAAGAAGAAGAAGAAGGAAAAAAGACAAGAGGAAAACAUGCUUUCCGAUGACUCGGCCGCCAGCAAGCACAAGAAGAAGAAGAAACGAGACAACGAAGGCGAAGAAAGCAUCUUUCCCGCCGAUGCGCACACCCGGACGAAGGAAAGAACGGCGGAAGAAGAAGGUGGCGUCCUUCUGCCCGGCAUGCAAGAGAUGGAGGAAGAGGAGGUUGCCACGGCAACCGCGACCACCGAAGAAAACGACGGGCCCGAGGCGGGGGACGGCUCCGUCUCCGUGGAAACGGACGCAACCGCAAUCAGCGACGACGCUGACGCGCUGCCCCCGGUUUUGGUGGCGCAGUUGGAAGAGUUUGUCCCGAACGUGAAGACGAAGCCCUUCAAGGAGAUCAGGAGGUUACUGAAUCACGACCUGCACCGCUUCCAAAUCUUCAAGCAGCAAGGCCAGCAGAUCCGUUGGGGGCGCUUCACCCCGGAGGAGAACCAGCGAAUCCGAGACAACAUGGCGCACCUCCUAGCCGUGACGGGCAUCGCCACCACCGAUCAGCUUCUCUUCCCGCACCGCUACAAGGGCCAGGAGGCCGAAAUCAGGAAGCUGAAAAGGCAACACGGCUUCAUCGAGGCCAUCGCCGAGGGAAUCCCCAGGACGUGCCGGCAGGUUUUGACGCGCGCUUGGAAGCUGGACAACACGAACCACAUGGGAGAGUUCUCCGACGAGGAGAUCCGUCGUCUGAUCCAGUUGCAGAAGAUCCACGGCAACGAUUGGAGCGCCAUCGGCAAGAAGAUGGGCCGCAGCAAGUAUGCCUUGCAGAAACGCUUCGCCCAAACGUCGUCGGGUCGAGGCGCUUGGACGUCGGAGGAGGCGGGCAGGCUGAAGGAGGCUGUCAAGGCUCACCUGGAGGUCAUGGUUCGGCAAAGCUCGGCCGAUUCCGAGGACGGCAAGUUGACGCUGCGGCAGCUCUGCCAACGUUUGCCCUGGGUGGAGAUCAGCCAGUCCGUGCAAACGCGAAACUGGACUCAGUGUCGCGUUAAGUGGUUCGGUGUCCUGAGGCAGCGACUGUCUGAGAAAAGCCAGCGGAAAAGUCCGAAACUACUGCGGAUCAAAAUCCAGCUGAUCAGCACGUUGUACGCUUUGAAUAUUGAGGACUGCCGGGACAUCGAUUGGGAGGAGGUUUCUGAGAUCCUGGGCGACGUGACUCCGGUUUGUGUCCAGAAGAUUUUCCGAAACCUCAAAGUCGGCUACGUUCCCAACUGGUCUCAGCUUUCCUACGGAGAGAUUAUCGACUUCCUCCAGGACCGCGUGGCGCCCCGUCUCCAGGACCAGCUGCAUCGCUACAGCCAUUACGUGGAGAACGACGAGGGAGAGCAGCAACUAACCGCAAACGACGCGUACGCUCUCUUCGACAUCUUCACGUCCGGAGAAGACUUUGUGGAAGUGGAUAACACCCAGAGGAGCAAACACUGGCUCGAACGCGCCCCGAUGACUUGCGAGGAAGUCGACCAAAUCAUGGCCGACGACGCUCAGCCUAACGGCCAAUCGGAACCUCUGACGUCAGACACGUGAACCCGGAUGAACCGCCAGUCAUCCUGACCAGGUGACAUCAUACUGACUUUUUAAUUUUUUAAAAUCCGUCUCAGUUCCACGAACUGUUUUAAGUGUGCCCAGUGGGAGGGCUCCCUUCGCUUUCAUCACCGGAUUCAGGAAACGCGUCUGAUACGCGGCCAUCUUGUAGGUUCAUACAGCAGCUUGUUCUCAUUCGCUCGGUCCAGCUUGAGCGAAGAGUUGGGAGUGGCUAAAAUAAAAGGCCAUGCGAGAAUCAACAUUGGAAUCUGAAAAGCGCCUUGAAUUUUCGACAAUGUGAGCGCGUCGCUACACAAACACAAAUUCUCAUGCAAUAUAACGUGAGGGGGGAAAAAAAAUAAAUUAAUCCUAGCACGCAUGUACAAUAGGGCGGCCUGGCUAGGCGUGCAGGGGCGGAGCCAGAGAGGGGGUGUGGGGGGGGGCGAGGUGGCACCGCAGCCCCAUGGUGCGAGCCCAGAUGACGGACAUGUCGUUGGCAUCAGCGCAGCACGUCUCGCAACCUGCCAACAUUUUCAAAUCGAAGAUGCCUAUUGCUGCUAGGUCCCUCCUGCCCAGUAGUUGGCGCUGUGUGCAAAAAAAAGCAGCCCAGAAAAAAACUUUUUUUUUUUAAACAUAUUGAAAUUGCUGGCAAAUUAACAAGAAAAAAAUGCAAGAGAAACGAACAACCAUCCGCGCUCACACUCACACCUAGGGACAAUUUCGAGUGUUCAAUCAGCCUGCCAUGCAUAUUUUUGGAAUGUGGGAGGAAACCGGAGCACCCGCAGAAAACCCACGCAGGCCCGGGGAGAACAUGCAAACUCCACACAGGGAGGCCGGAGCUGGAAUCGAACCCGGUACCUCUGCACUGUGAAGCCCACGUGCUAACCACUGGACUACCGGGCCGCUGUUAUCUUUCAUAGAGAGUAAAAUUUAUUUUUUGUGUUGCUUUCCUCGUGAGUCACCACUGAAUGCAUAUUUCCACUCAUUCCCACCUGUGGCCAAUUUGUGGGUCGUCAAUCAAGCGACCAUGUUUUGGGAUGUAGAGGAAAAAAGACACAAGGCGUGGAGAACAUGCUAACGAAAUGCUAACGACAUGCUCACUUGACACAGGAAGCCCCGUAGGCACCCGCCCCUUGGCCUCGACAUCCAUCAGGAGAAUAAGGGCAGCCACGGCAUACAAGUUUUGCUUUGGAUGAAUGCUUGCUGGUUUUAUUUUUGCACUUCAAUAGUUGCCCACGUCACCAAUCGCUGACUGAAGGACCGCCGACGGCGUCCACUCAUCAAAUCGCUCGCCAGCUCGGAAGCACUUCCUCCUUUGACUUCUAUUUGUUGGCGAUGGCGCUGACGGCGCCGCCGCUCGCCCUGACGA